UCAGGAUAUCACCAAGCUGCAACGAGGUCUGGAAUCGACUGUACAGGAGCUAGAUAUUACGAAGAACGAUCUAACAGAAAAAGACCGACUUCUGCGCAACCGAGAUGCUUUGUUGGAGAGUACAGGUAUGGAAAGCCGACGUCUUGCAGAUCUCCUGGAGCGCGAGCGUCAAGCUCGGCGACAAGACCAAACUGCAUUUGAGAAUGCCAAGCGUGGUCAGCAAUCUGUUACACGAAGUAUCCAACAGCACGAAACACGGGUUUUAGAACUGGAGACUCUACGCAGUCAAGAUCGCCAGAAGAUUUACAGUCUCGAGAAGCAGUACAAGGAACAGUUGCUCGAGCGCAACAAUUUGCUUUACGCCCUCUGGAACAGACUCUCCACCCUCUGCGGUGCAGAAUGGUGCCGCAACCAUGCCCUUGUUAAUGGGGAACUCACUUCAAUGGAGCUCAUCUCCAGGAAUAUUCAGGGCUUCAACAAAAACAUGAUACUAGCGAUAAAGACUGUAGAGGGUGUCGUUGGCGGCUUCAAACAAAGGAUCCGGGCCAUGGAGAAAGACCUGGUACGCGACUAUCAAACCCUUGAGCAUACGCUUGACGUUCGUGUCAAGCGUCUAGAUCAACUCGAAAAGCUCGUUCUUGCCCAAAGGCAAUCGAUUGGAAGACCAAGCACCGUUCGUGGCGGCCUGGUCGAUAUCAAUUCCACUGAGGUAAACAAACUCCGAAAUGAGAACAAGAACCUGCGAACAGAAGUGCAGACACUCCGCGCCAUCACCACAACCACCCAAUCCGGAAACGACGUUGUCAGCCGUUCGCCGUCUCGCGCCGAAUCGAUCAGCUCCCCCAAGCGCGCCAGUAUGGCACAAACACUCCUCCGCGCUCAAUCUGCUUCAGUUGUUGAGCAUCUCCAGCACCAGCCACCGGGCCAUCCAUACCCAGCAUCUGUGCCCCUUCAGCCGAGUGAGCAAAAGUGGAUCCAUCGUCUCAAGGAACUAGAACGGCGCUUGAAAGCCGAAAGAGAAGCGAGGCUCCUUGAUCGUAGUGGUGCGAGGAAGAGGUUAGAGCAGAAGGUCGAAGAAAAUGCAGAUCUGAGAGCUAUGCUUGAAAAAGAGCGGGUGAAACGCGAUGAUGAUGACACUGAGAGCGUCCAGAGAAGUGUAUCAGCAAGUGGAAGUCGCAUUGGACGGAGUGGACGCGCAAGUGUUGUCGGAAGCAUGCGGAAUGGGAACGGAAAUGGUAAAGAUAGGGAAGAGGAUAUGUAUUAGUAUGUCUUGUUGUAUUUCAUGGUCAUGCGGCGU